AUGUCUGAUUUUGGAAAUUACGGAAACUUUGGUGGCGAUACUGGUGGCGGUGGAUACUCUCAAGGUGGAUUCAGUGGAGAUGGAAACUCGCAACAAAACAAGGUACAAACACGUAAUAGUAUUGCACCAGUAACAAUCAAACAAAUUCUUGAAGCAGAGCAACCAGUGCCUGAUGGCGAGUUCAAGGUCCACAAUGUGAGUAUCAGCUUGGUGGGAUUUAUUGGUGUUGUUAGAAAAGUGCAUGCUAGCGGUCUGUCUUUGGCCAUCACUGUAGAGGAUGGAACUGGCUCAAUUGAUGUACGUAAAUGGGUUGAUGAAAACAAUAGUUCAAUUGAACAAGAGAGAGAAAAGCAUCAGGGGUUUUUGAACAAAUACGUGUUUGUUGGAGGUGCUUUAAAACUUUAUAACGGAAACAAAAGUGUACUGAAUGCCUCCAUCAACCUUGUUGAAGAUAGUAAUCAGAUUAUUUACCACCAUUUGAACGCUAUAUAUAACCACUUGAAGAGCCAGGGUAUAACCAAAGCAGGUGGUUCAGCAAUCGGGGAAGCUAACGGUAACAAUUUAUUUGUCGACAGUGAGGGUUCCGCUACAGAUAGGGUUUUGAAUUUUAUCAAACAAGAGUGUCUCACGAUGAACGACGGUGUGCCGGUUACAUAUAUUGCUCAAAAGUUAUCCAUGCCCCAAAAGGAGUGUGAGAAGCACUGUUCCGAUUUAGUGGAGAGCGGAAAGAUUUACGUGGGUUUCAACGAGGAUGGUUAUAUUGCCGUUUAG